GAGCGUGCAGCGUGCGCGGACCUGUUCAUGGGACCAUGUUGCGCGGGCGUCGCGCGGGGCGGCGCCGUUCCGUUGUUCGCCAUACUUGCACGGGAGCUCAGAGCAACCAACGCACUUACUGCAAAGGCACCUGAAAUCACCACUGCAGAUAAUAUUACGACAUGGCUGAGGAUGAGGCGACUCCAGAGCAGCUAGCAGCCAUCGCCGCCGAAAACGCGGAGCCAGAGGUGGUGAACUACAAGCCACCAGCACAGAAGUCUGUAAAAGAGAUCCAUGAUCUGGAUAAGGAUGAUGAGAGCCUACGCAAAUAUAAGGAAGCCCUGCUUGGCUCUGGGUGCUCUGAGGCUGAUCCCUCUCUUCCCAAUGUCCAAGUGACCCAGAUGUGUCUGGUCUGUGAAAGCGCCCCAAGCCCCCUGAUCCUGGACCUGCAAGGAGACUUGGAAUGCUUUAAGAAGCAGGCCUUUAUUCUGAAAGAGGGAGUUGAAUACAAAAUAAAGAUCAGCUUUAAGGUGAACAAGGAGAUAGUUUCAGGUCUGAAGUAUGUGCAGCAGACGUACAGGAAAGGAGUAAAGAUUGAUAAGUCAGACUACAUGGUGGGCAGCUACGGGCCUCGUCCCGCUGAAUAUGACUUCCUGACCACAGUGGAGGAGGCUCCUAAAGGUGUUCUGGCCCGCGGCAACUACGUCAUCAAAUCAAAGUUUACUGACGACGACAAGCAUGACCACCUGUCCUGGGAGUGGAACCUCAACAUCAAGAAAGACUGGAAAGACUAAAAGAGGCCUUUGUGUUUGAGGGGCGAGGGAAUCAAAAUCCUCCCGCCCCUUGCAUUUCCUCAGCCGCUCCCCCCAUCCCCGCCCUGUGUCCACCAUUUCUGCCUUGUUUGUUUUUACAUUGUUGUGCAUUUCAUGCUCUCAUGCCUUAGUUCCCACCUCACUGUCUUAAUACCCCAGCAUCCUUCCCACCUCUCUGUCAGCAGCAGUAGCAUCAGCAGUAGCAGACCACUCCCCUCCCUCCCUCCGUCCGUCCGUCCAUCACCUCCCUACCUGCCCAAUGUUUCACUGAUUGCACACAAGUCACCUCUGCUCACCAACCUGCCAUCCUCGCUCCACCCCCAACUGAGCUGUGCUAUGUAGCACCUUACUUCCUCACACACAGCCCUUUGUUUUUAUUUUCGCUGCUUGAAGAGAUUAACCCCGCCUUCCACCUCUCCAGAAUGGUGUCUUCCUCUCUCAGUAUGAAGUACAUGUGGAAAAGCAACUGUACAAUCAAUUUUUGUUUGCCUUUUUUAUAUAAUUGUAUCAGUGGUUGUGUAAUGUGACUGUAUUCACAUCACUGUUAAUCAGCUGUUGUGUUCAUAGCGGGCCCCACCACAUCCACCUGCCCCCACACUCCCACUCACACACUACAGUAUUCCUUUGCUUGCCUACUCACUUGCUGGCUGUAUUUUGAUAUGAUUACCAAUACCUGCCUUUGAAAUUGAUUCAAAUCUACUCUACAGCGCCUCCCUCCCUUCCCUAAAUGUACUCACCCACCUCCCCUUCAGAUGGGGACUGGGGCCAAAGUGAACAAGGGAGUAAAAAAUAAGUAUAGGGUAAAAAAAAUCUGCCUCAUGUAUCAAAUAAUGUAUUUUUGUCAUGCCUUGUGUGCACGAGCAGUGCUUGCUAUCAGUUAGUCUGUAUAUCAAGGGCUUACUCUCACUACCAACUAAUAACCAUCUGUAGCCCUGUUGUAGUAGAGACUAUCUAUACAGGUUACUUAUAAUACCCCCUUUCCACCAAGUGCUUCUGCUGGGCUGUGUGAGGGCAGCCAAUAGUCUCACCGUAGAGUUGCGUUUUUUCCCAGCAUCACUAGGAAAGGCUACAUCGGACUACAUCAACUUCUACAAAUGUUGCUCAAGGCCUCACAUGCCUACGUUGAACACAUUUAUGCUUUUCAAAGCGAUUAUGGUUAAGUAAAAGGCAAUUAAACACUACAUGUUGAUUCUUGUAAGCUGAUAAUGUUAACCUUUGUAAGGCCUAGCCUUUAGCGAGCUAGUUUUUCCUACGCUGGUAUUGAUUCAUAGUGAAAAUCUUUUGUUGAUUCUUGGUGAAUAAAUCAGACACACUACAUGAGCUCUGGCUGUUAAAAAUGGCAGCCAUUAGGUUUUAGUUGGUCCUUGGUCACAGUAAACCUGCCCCUAAUCCAUGUUGUAAGGGGUUCUUUGUUCUGGACUAGCAACGUGUUAGUGCUGCUCUUGAACUAGUUUUCCUGGCUUCUGCAGAUAACUAGUUGAGAGGAGGCACUGGCUCUGAACCAGCCUCGACCUGCCUUGGUGGAAAAGGGGCAUCAUCAGAUACAGCUCUGCACAUGUUCACUGCUCCAAUAAUACAAAUGUAAUUGGAGGGGACUGAAUGUUACAAAUUGGAGAAACGAUACCAAAACCACUUAAAAUCAGUAGUUAUGAGUCUCAGCACUCUUGCUCCUUUUAGCCAUGAGGCCUUAGCACUAACUACGAUCAUGUGGAGAAAAACAAAAAAAAACUAAUUUAAUCUUUUUUAUUUGAUGUUCCCCUUUGCCUUAAUGUACGUCAUUCCCCCUACAAAGCCCCCUCCCCCUCUUGCUCAUUCAGAUUGCUUCAUAAGUUGUAGCUUGCAGUCAGGAGAUCCAGUCAGGUGUGUAGGAGUAGAACCACAGAAAGCACAGGAAGAGGCUGAGCCAGGCACCGCCUGCUGCUGCCGAUGACCUCGGCAGUGUCGGGUCUCACACACACGGACUGACGCCGAGAGUAAAGAGAAAAGACUAACCCAGUGAUCCUUAGACGGAAAGCAGCGAAAUGAAGGUGACACUAACACAGAACUAUGAUCAGUAUUAUAUGGGAGAGGAGGAGGGUUUUAAAACUGACCAGUAAUACUAAAUUGAAAUCGACUUGUACUGUACCAGAACAUAUGGAUGUAUAACUUUUCUUUUUCUUAACUAUGUAUUCCUGCGCCAUACAUUCCUUCACAUUGUACAGUUUCUAUGAAAACGCUGGCAUGCUGGUGGGGUUGUAUAUUCUAUCAUCAUUUGUGAUUGCUCUUCUCGGUCAAUAAAGAUUUUGCUCAACUUGG